AUGAUGAGAAUCUCUCUGCUUUCCUUGUGUCUACUAGUUUCCACUUGUCUCUUCACUUCUUCAUCAGCCCAGGCUCCAGGUUUUGUGAGCUUGGAUUGUGGAGGUUCAAAUCCAUUCGAUGACGAGCUUGGUCUCAAAUGGUCACCAGACAAUCAUCUAAUCUAUGGAGAAACAGCAAACAUUUCAUCCCUCAAUGUCACAAAAACUCAGUACACUACGUUGAGGCAUUUCCCUGCGGAUUCAAGAAAGUAUUGCUACACUCUCAAUGUGACAAGCAGGAGUCGGUAUCUCGUGAGAGCCACUUUCCUCUACGGCAAUUUCGACAGCAACAAUGUGUAUCCGAAAUUCGACCUCUCUCUUGGUGCUACUCACUGGACAACCAUUGCUAUCUCCGACGCCGCCACGAUUGAGAAGGCAGAGCUGGUGUUUCUGGCUUCCACUCCUACUGUGAGUGUCUGCUUGUCCAAUGCCACAACGGGACAGCCGUUUAUAUCUACGCUUGAGCUUAGACAGAUGAAUGGCUCAAUGUAUUUAACCGAGUUUGAAGACCGGUUUUACCUGAGUGUCGCUGCAAGGAUCAAUUUUGGUGCAGAAACUGAAGAUCCUGUGAGGUAUCCGGAUGAUCCUUACGACAGAAUAUGGGAAUCUGAUUUGGAGAAGAAGGCUAAUUACCUUGUGGAUGUUGCUGCUGGGACAGUGAGAGUGUCGACUAAACUGCCAAUCGAGACAGGUGUCAAUGACAGACCGCCUGAGAAGGUUAUGCAGACGGCUGUGGUUGGAACAAACGGUUCUUUGACUUACAGGAUGAAUCUUGAAGGCUUCCCUGGUUUUGGUUGGGCAAUGACAUACUUUGCCGAGAUUGAGGAUUUGGCUGAUGAUGAGUCUAGGAAGUUCAGGUUGGUUCUGCCUGAUCAGCCUGAGGUCAGCAAGGCUAUUGUUAACAUCAAGGAGAAUGCUCAGAGAGCGUAUAAGGCUUAUGAGCCUGGCUUUCAGAAUCUGAGCCUUCCCUAUGUGCUUAACUUCCGGUUCGCUAAAACCGCUGAUUCUUCUAGAGGACCGAUUCUGAAUGCUAUGGAGAUUAGUAAAUAUCUUCAGAAAAGCGAUGGUUCUGUAGACGCUGGUGUUAUGGCAAAUGUAGCUUCUCUGUAUUCAUCUACUGAGUGGGGUCAAGAAGGUGGCGAUCCAUGUUCACCUUCGCCGUGGUCGUGGGUGCAAUGCAAUGCGGAUCCACGACCAAGGGUUGUUGCUGUCAAACUGUCGAAUAUGAACAUGACUGGAGAUAUACCUUCUGACUUGGCGAAACUGACUGGUUUGGUCGAGUUAUGGCUUGAUGGGAACUCUUUUACCGGUUCAAUACCGGAUUUCUCUCGCUGCCCCAACCUGGAGAUAAUACACCUUGAGAACAAUAGACUAACCGGAAAGAUCCCUUCCUCAUUGGCCAAACUCCCAAAUCUGAAGGAACUGUACCUGCAGAACAACUUGCUAUCUGGAAAAAUACCAUCAAGCCUGACCAAAAACGUGAUCUCUAACUUCUCUGGGAACAUUAAUCUUGUAAACAGUGGAGAUAAAGGGAAGAAGCUCGGUGUCAUCAUCGGUGCAUCAGUUGGAGCUGCUCUUCUGCUAAUAGUCACCAUCGUUUCUUGCAUUUGUAUGUGCAAAGUGAAGAAGAACAACAAGAUGGGAAAGACUUCAGAGUUAACGAACCGUCCCUUGCCUGUACAAAGAGUGUCAUCUACGUUGAGUGAAGCUCAUGGAGACUCUGCCCAUUGCUUCACACUCUAUGAGAUUGAGGAAGCCACACACAAAUUUGAGAAGAGAAUUGGCUCUGGAGGUUUUGGCAUUGUGUACUAUGGGAAAACAAGAGAAGGGAAAGAGAUUGCGGUCAAAGUUCUUUCUAACAACUCAUACCAGGGAAAGAGAGAGUUUGCAAAUGAGGUCACGUUACUCUCAAGGAUACAUCACCGGAACCUUGUGCAGUUUCUUGGUUAUUGCCAAGAAGAAGGGAAAAACAUGCUCGUGUAUGAAUUCAUGCACAACGGGACAUUGAAGGAGCAUCUUUACGGCGUGGUACCACGAGACCGGAGAAUCAGUUGGAUUAGACGGCUUGAGAUAGCUGAAGAUGCAGCACGAGGGAUCGAGUAUCUUCACACAGGAUGUGUUCCAGCAAUCAUACACAGGGAUCUCAAGACGAGUAACAUCUUACUCGAUAAACACAUGAGAGCAAAGGUUUCAGAUUUCGGUCUGUCGAAAUUCGCUGUUGACGGGACCUCUCACGUCUCCAGCAUUGUCCGUGGCACAGUUGGAUAUCUAGACCCCGAGUACUAUAUCUCGCAGCAGUUAACAGAGAAGAGUGAUGUAUACAGCUUCGGAGUCAUUCUUCUUGAGCUCAUGUCAGGCCAAGAAGCUAUAUCCAAUGAAAGCUUUGGUGUUAAUUGCCGCAACAUAGUCCAAUGGGCGAAGAUGCAUAUAGACAACGGGGACAUACGAGGGAUCAUAGAUCCAGCGUUAGCGGAAGACGAUUACAGUCUCCAGUCAAUGUGGAAGAUUGCGGAGAAAGCGUUGCUCUGCGUGAGACCGCACGGGAACAUGAGACCGUCAAUGUCGGAGGUGCAGAAGGAUAUUCAAGACGCGAUUAGGAUCGAGAAGGAAGCGUUGGCCGCGAGAGGAGGAAUCUCGGACGAGUUUUCUCGGAGCUCGGCGCAUUCGUCGUCGCUCAACAUGGGAAUGGGAAUGGGAAUGCAUGACUUGGCUGGUUCGCAGAAUUUUGUCUCCAUUGAUGAGUCUGUGUUGCAGCCAACAGCUCGCUUUCAGCUAGCGUUAACACUGUUUUUGAAGACUCGAGCUUACAAGAAAUGCUUCGAGCUGGCUUUUGUUUUUACGUCCGAUCAAUCUCUCUCCCUCUCUCGAUCUCCCUCCCUCGCAUCUCCUCCUCCCUCCAAUCAACAACCUCUCCAUUUCCCUCCCGCCCUUUUUUUUCGAAUUCCUCCGAUGGCGGAGCCGAAGAGUCCCGGAGGCUGUGGAAGCCAUGAGAGUGGCGGAGAUCAAAGCCCGAGGUCGUCGCACGUUCGCGAGCAAGACAGGUUCCUUCCGAUAGCUAACAUAAGCCGUAUCAUGAAACGAGGUCUCCCUCCUAAUGGUAAGAUCGCUAAAGACGCCAAGGAGAUUGUCCAGGAAUGCGUCUCCGAAUUCAUCAGCUUCAUCACCAGCGAAGCGAGUGAUAAGUGCCAAAGAGAGAAAAGGAAGACAAUUAAUGGAGAUGAUUUGCUUUGGGCAAUGGCUACUUUAGGAUUUGAAGACUACAUCGAACCACUCAAGUCUUACCUGACGAGAUAUAGAGAGGGUGACACAAAGGGAUCAGCAAAAGGCGGGGAUGCGAAUGCAAAGAAAGAUGGCCAAUCAAGCCAAAAUGGCCAGUUCUCGCAGCUUGCUCACCAAGGCUCUUUCUCACAAGGUCCUUAUGGGAACCCUCAAGCACAGCAUAUGAUGGUUCCAAUGCCGGGCACAGACUAG